UACAUGCUAAGAGUGCGACCUCAGAGAGAGUGGAGCGGCAGUGAAGACGUACUGAGAUAUCGUCUUCGAGCCAAAGUCAAAAUGCAGCCAAAAGGCGAAUAAAACCGUUAAUUCUGCACCGGAAACUUUCCUAUUCCACGCUUCAUCGCUGCACGCAGUGUUUCGGGGUUUCGGUCAUGGCUGAACCCCUGCUAAAGCGAACUUUCUCCAGGCUUCGGGGAAAGGAGAGAUCCCGUCGGAAAACAGACCCUAAACUCUCCGAGGCUGCUGGGAAGAUGGAUCUGGUCCAGAGUUCCUCCUCAUCAUCGGUUCCCUCAACUUGCGCCAUAGCCGACACCGAUCCUCACACUGUUGAGGACUUUACCAGACGCACUCAGAUUACAGUCUCCAAAAAGCAGAACUGGGCCAAAAUGGCUUCAACAUCCAGGGACCCAGCCAGCACAGACCUGUAUCAUGAUCUAGCUUACAGAUCUCAGGACUGGGAGGUAUGCUCAGGAAAGGCCCAGGCUUCCAAACAGGCCUGGAGCCAAAGGACUUUGAGUGAGGAUGGUCUGCAGAGCAGAUGCAAUGAUUUGGAGUGGGAACUAGGCUACUCCAGAACCUAUGUUGACACACAUGGUUUGCCUGAGCUAACCCCUCCAUCUGCGGGAUAUAACGAAGUAUGUGUCACCUCCGGCUCUGCCAAGAUCUCUGGACAGGGUGCCUACCUGCAGACCCUGGAGAGGAGCAGCCGUGCCUGGGUGCUCUCCACAGGAAAGCCCCAGGCUGCAGAGGAAGCCUCCCGUCUGCUCCCCACAUGCAUCACAGAGUGGAGACAAGGAACAGAUGGGGAAAGCAACAUUUGGUACAACCCGAUCCCAGAGGAGGAGGAUGUGCGUGGGGAGAACGUUAAGGAUUUCGGUGAUCCUUGGAGGAGAAGAAACGUGGAGGAAUCUCAAGAGGAGAGGAAGGAUUCUCAGGGCAAGACACAGAGAUGGGCAGGGAUGAUUGGAACCUCCAGUACGAGUCGAGGAGUGUCACGCGAGCUGGUGGGAGGAGCAGGUGGCAAUAGCAGUGCUUCAAGCAGUAGUGGUGGUGGAUCGUCGGACAGCCCUGGAGCCUUGAAGAAAGGCUCAGGUGGGGCAGGUGGUGGCAGUAGCGUGAUGGACAAGAUCAAAUCUCCCGGCACUGUGCGACGUCUCUCUCUGAAGAUGCGUAAACUCCCAGAGCUCCGGCGCAAACUCAGCCUGCGGUCCUCCCGAAACCACAGACAGGGGCAAGCGGGUCAAGGCAAUGCAGGUGGAACGGAUGAACCCUCUCCCCCUAACGCCCGUAAAGAGGCCUCCAACAAUGUCAUCAGCAAGUAUCACCUGGACAGUAGCGCCCCUGCCCGGCCACGCCGCCGCAGUUCACGCUCUCGCUCCGCCUCCAAAGGAGGUUACCUUAGCGACGGCGACUCUCCCGAGCUUCUGCCCAAACAAGGCUCACCGGCCCCGCUCCCUGGCCAGGACUCUGGCUCUUUCAGGCUGUAUUCCCUAGCGGAUCAGCCACGGUGCGGUCAGCGCGUUUCUGGCCUGUUGACGGUGCAUCUUCUAGGGGUGGAGGAGCUGCUGCGUUCUGCGCGUGGAACUGACGGAGGUGGUAAGGAGGUGUUCUGUGCCAUCCAGGUGGAUGGAGUCACACGUGCCCGUACUGGCCUGCUCACCUGUCGUGGGUCCUCUUUGCCCCUUAACCACACCUUUAACCUUGAGCUGGAGAGGGCAAGGCUGCUCAAACUGGUGGUGCUCACCCCCAGUGCAACCUCCAACAUCACCGCAGCAACCAGCAGUUCUUCUGCUUCAUCAGCGGAUGGUUCAUCUGGCCCUGUGCCUGUCGCCCCCAGUCGUAACAGAGUGUGCUGUCUUGGAGCUGUAGCCAUUCCUCCUUUGUUCAGAGGUUCGCGCUGUCAGCAGCUGUGUGUGAAACUGGAGCCACGGGGUUUGCUUUAUGUGAAGCUGACUCUGUUGGAGCAAUGGGAGGCCCCCUCUCCCCGGCUCAGCGAGCUACCACCGCCCUCUGUGUUUGGGGUGGAGUUACGCCAUCUGGUGGAGAAGGAAGAUUCUGCACACAGAGUGCCUCUAAUCAUACAGAAGUGUGUGGCAGAGAUCGAGAAAAGAGGACUAAAGGUGGUAGGCCUGUAUCGGUUGUGUGGCUCUGCAGCAGUGAAGAAGGAGUUACGUGAUGCGUUUGAGAGAGACAGCGCAGAGGUUACUCUUAGUGAGGAACUUUACCCUGACAUCAACGUCAUCACAGGCAUUCUGAAGGACUACCUACGGGAGCUGCCGUCUCCUCUGAUCACGAGGACGCUGUAUGAGGUGGUGCUGGAGGCCAUGUCACGCCGGCCGGCCUGCAGGAACGACAGCGACGCUCAACGUUCGCAAAGCACCGUAGCGUUACUGCAGUGCCUGCCUGAGCCUGAGAGGGCUACACUGUCCCUACUAUUGGAUCACCUGAGCUUGGUGGCAUCCUUCAGUGACAGCAACCGUAUGACCUGUCAGAACCUGGCUGUGUGUUUUGGACCGGUGCUGCUCACGCCUACACAGGAGUCCUGGAGACCAGCAACCUCUGGAACAGGAGGUGGGACCGGGCUAGGAGCCUCAGCAGGAGCAGGAGUCAGCAGAGGGGGUCGUAGUUUUGCCCACAGCGAGGAGAUAGCCAGUGCUGUGGACUUCAAGAGACACAUUGAGGCACUACACUACCUACUGCAGCUCUGGCCCAUUCCUACAGGAAGAAGCCCUGAUGACUCUGUCCAGUCACCUUCCGCUUCUGAGCCUCCUUGCCACUCCACUGAUUCCCAUCCUCCUUCCCAUCAUGCCCCUCCUCAGCGGCGGUGCCAGCGUGUACCUCUGCGCGUGGAUGUGCCGCAAGAUGUGGUGGUCUCGCGCCGUUGCCGCGGACGACUGGAGAGCCCUCCCUGCAAUCGCUACGCCGGCGACUGGAGCGUCUGCGGCCGAGACUUUCUGUCCACGGACGACGCCGACUAUGACGAGGUGGCGGGGAGCGACAGCGAGGAAGAUGAGGAGGAUGAAGAAGAGAGACAGGAACCCCUGAAGAAGGACGACUGGACGUCCUCCGGGGGCCUGUACGUGGAUGAUUUUGCCCUAGACUUUGAUGCUCCAUUCACCUGUAGACUGAGUCUGAAAGACUUUGAUACUCUGAUCUCUGAUUUAGAGAGGGAACUGGCCAAACAAAUCAACAUAUGCCUCUGAGAAAUGGUGCAUAGAAAAUAAGUGAGCAAUAGUGAAUAAACAGGAUUGAACGAAGCUGACUUUUACAGCUAGGUAAGGAAGUGAUCGCAUGAAGACGCCAAGCAGUCUUGUCUGCUUCAGUGAACUGUGAAAUGUAUUUAAACCCCUCUGGCACUGUGUACAUAGUUGCUGCUUUGUGUAUUUCUCUCCAAAAAAGCUGGACUGUCAUUGUGACCAAUGAGUGAGUUUGACUGGGCCAAAUGCAAAUGUGUAAUUCUUUCCACAAGGACAUUCCUUUUUUCGUUUUUAUGCGCACGUGUGACUCUUGAAGGCCUUGCUGUAGUGUUUGACAAUCGAUUUUCAAGUAGGUACUUUAGUGAACAGGUAUUAUGAG